AUGUUGCUGAUGAAAUUCAAGCGCUGCAACAAAAUGGAGGCGUUCAUCGUUGGAGCCGAAAAUGCUCGUAUUGACAACUUUCCCCAUGCUGUGUACCUAGAGCUAUCUACUAAUCGAAAAUGGAUUUGUGGUUCAGCGAUUUUAAACCAAGAUAUCAUAUUGACAGCUGCCCACUGUUUAUACACUUGUGUUGAUACAAAAUGCAACAUCAACGCUUUCGCGGGUCACGAAUCUUUGUACAAGGUGACAAUAAUAAGAGAAAUUAACGACUUCAAGGUCCAUGGAAAAUAUGACGACGUCGACAUGCAAAAUGAUAUAGCGUUGGCUAAAGUUACAGAGAGUUUUCCUCUGGGAGGCAAAUUUCAUAUCAAACGAAUUAUGGUCCUUGACACGUUUCCGCAUGUAGUUAUCGCUCAGAUGGCAGGAUGGGGCGUCAUAGAUGACGAAACAAAAGAGGCAGCAGUAACCUUAAAAAUGACAAUGCAAGUGUUGAAAACCGGGGACGAAUGUGAGCAAUACGUUGACAUGAACCCAGGAUUAUUUUGCGCGGCAACUCCUACAAAAUUGGGUAGACCUUCAGAGGGCGACUCUGGCAGUGCUCUAGUGACUAUAUCCUUCGCACAAAUUGGAGUGGUCUCCUUCAGGAUGGAAGACAAUCCAUCAGUCCUCUAUUACACAAAUGUUACCUAUUUUCACAACUGGAUACAAGAAGCUACGCGAGCACUCUACUGUGAUUAUGAUAAGACAAAGUUUUAUACAUAA